UACAAGUGUACGAAAACAGGCAUUCUUAUGUUAAGUCUAUCCCUGCUCACAUGUCAGAACAUAUAAUGUUUCUUCACAAGGUCUAUAUAUUUCUUCAAUUGGAAGAGACCUUUGAUUGCAGCUUUUGCAAAGUUCUCUACCGUCUCUGGAUUUGCUGGGAUCGGGGGCGUACAUGCUAGGAGACAGCAAGCUAACUUGGCAAUAUUUACAAAUAACCAGGGGUUGCUAGGAUUUAGCCAUAUAUGUUACAUCAGUCUAUAUAGAUAAUUAAUAUCUCUUCACGUGCAGUUCACAAUGGGGAUGAUGAAAGAGAUGCAAUGCUAAAUCAGAUCAAUACAUAUUGAUGUCCCCCGAGGGUCUUAUGGAUAGACGCUACAGUGACGGCGAUAGGUACAGAGAACCAGUCUUCUGAUGAUCUCGUCAGCACUAGCUUGCAGUAGUCAGUCGAUGUAGUCACAAGAUGACAAAAAGGCAGUUUGGUGCAUGGCGCUGCACUGCCCACUUGGCCAUGUGGCUCAUAGUCUGUUCCGUUGGUACAAACGCUGGAGGAACAUGUGCUGAUUUGAGUAACAUUCCACAGCUUGAGGCGUCAAAGCGUCUUAUUGGAUCCACUUUUCAGACAAUCCAAAGCUCAUCCCCGCUUGGCUGUGCCAAGGAGUGUCUUUUGAGAAAAAGGUGCGGCUCUUUCAACUUUUACCUCCCCACGUCAGACUGUGACCUGAAUGGUAACACAACAGCAUCACCUUCGUAUGAGCAGAGAAGCGGGUAUUAUUACAGUGAGAUCUACCAUUGGCCCACAACCCUGGCAGGUAAAUGUCAAGGUCACAACUGCGAUGACGAAACGAAAUGUGAGGUCGGCGUUGACAUGACAACCAGUUGCGUGACAGCGGAUAUAACCGGCUCUAUGUGCCCCCAACCUGAUCCGAUCCCAAAUGGACGCUUGAUGGAAUAUUUUUCUUCUGGCGGAUCUUGGAGUCCUGGAAGUGUUGGGUGGUGGUACACUUGCAAUGUAGGCUUCUAUCAACAAGGCAUGUUGGAAUGCCUUCCUGAUGGAUCAUGGUCCUCUGUUACUUGUAAAAGCUAUUACGGCUGAGGAUUAGGCAUUGUACGAAAGCAGGUUAAAGGUUAUUGGCUCCAACAGUUACGUUGUAACGCCUUCCACCCUCUAUUAAAAACU